AUGACUCUGCCAAAGAUCCCUCCAGCGCGCGUUGCAGAGCUUGUCUCUGGUGGAGGCGGCUUGCCGAUCCUAUCGGAAAAAAUAGUCUAUCGAGGAUGGCGAAAUGUGAUAAAACGCACAGUGCAGUUCCCGAACGGCCAGCCUGUUGUUUUCGACGUCACCGACGCGCCGCCCGCCGUCCUCGUCCUUCCCUGGUGUUCUCGAACAAAGACAGUUACGCUUCUCAAGGAGUAUUGUCCCGGCGUGAACGAGAAAGGCAUGUACACCCUCGUGGCUGGGCUGUACGAGGAGAAGCACACCAGCGUCGAAGACUGCGUCAGAUGCGAGACGGAAGAAGAGGCUCAUCUGCGCGGCGGCGAGCUCAUCCCGUUGAUGGACUCCGAAGAUCUUUCGCUUCCCGGUGCAAAAUACACGGGUCAGAAGUUCUUGCCGUACAUCGUGAAGGAUGCCGAGCGCGUCUCCGAUCCUCGGCCGAUGGACGACGACGAACUUAUUCUCCCAGUGCACGGCAUCACGCCCGGAGAAGCGAUCUGGCUAGCGAUGCACGGGCGGAUGACCAGCACAGGAUGCAUGAUGCUGUUCAUGUCGUUACACAAGCUGAGGGAGCUUAAGGAGAUCUGA